UAGUUGAUUGAUUUAUCAAUUUAUAAAAAAAAAUUGAUCUGAAAUCUCGGUUAGAUCUGUUGGUUCUCUCGAUCGAGGAGGGAGGUGAAGAAUCUGCGGUUGUCGGUGUUGAUUAGUUGCUUAGGGUAAUGUCAUAAGGUGAUUGAAUCAUAACAUUGUGAGAGGUUUGUUUGCUAUGAGCGUUUCUGGAAGCUGUAUCUUCUCGUUUUGGAUUGGAGUGAUCGAAGAGGACUUUGAUUGAAGAAGAGUCUUAGUUUUCUUUUUUGUUACCUAAUCUGGGUUUGGCUAAGUGUGUGUGAUUAAAAAAAAAUUUAUGAAGUUUUGGAGGGAACGUGAAAGGGAUAAUAAGGAGCAGAUCUUAGCUCCAUUAUGUGGCCAAGUUCGAGUAUUGGUUGUUGGUGACUCAGGUGUUGGAAAAACAUCACUUGUACACCUCAUCAACAAAGGUUCUUCUAUUGUUCGCCCAUCUCAAACGAUUGGAUGCACUGUUGGUGUCAAGCACAUGACGUACGGGAGUCCAGCUAGUUCUUCAAGUAGCAUUCAAGGUGACUCAGAGAGAGAUUUCUUUGUUGAACUCUGGGAUGUAUCAGGGCAUGAGAGAUACAAAGAUUGCCGUUCAUUGUUCUAUUCACAAAUCAAUGGAGUUAUUUUUGUUCAUGAUCUCUCUCAAAGAAGAACAAAAACAAGCUUGCAGAAAUGGGCGUCUGAGGUUGCAGCGACUGGAACAUUUUCGGCUCCUCUUCCCUCAGGAGGUCCUGGUGGUCUUCCUGUUCCAUACAUUGUUGUUGGCAACAAAGCAGAUAUAGCUGCAAAAGAAGGAACAAAAGGAAGCAGUGGAAAUCUUGUUGAUGCAGCUCGUCAUUGGGUUGAGAAGCAAGGUUUGCUUCCUUCUUCAAGUGAGGAUCUUCCUCUCUUUGAAAGCUUUCCUGGUAAUGGCGGUCUCAUAGCGGCUGCCAAAGAAACCAGAUACGAUAAGGAAGCUUUGAACAAAUUUUUCCGGAUGGUUAGUGUCAUUAACACACCUCUGCAUUCCUUGUUACCUCUCCAAGAUACCUUUCUAUAA